AGGUGGGUCUUGGCAGACACAUGAAGCAAAGUUAUGCUGCCUGUAUGCAGACUAAAGAGUUGUCUUACACUCUAAAAAUGAGCCAGCCAACCCGGCUGAGGUGUGCCAAAAUAAGACGCAGCCGUUGGAAAACGAGUGCAUUGCUCAACUGGUUGGACUCCAAGCUGGCCACCUCUGAUUGUUGCUGUAAUGCUCUCAAAAAACGAGGGCGAUUACACAACAGGGGAACUUCUUUAACCAAUGACAGAGGAAGAAAGAAAAUGAAAGAAGGAAGCCGAGAUAGACGGGGUGAAAAGGGAGGGAAAAACCCUGAGUCACUUGGCUUCCUGUCUGACUAAAGGAAGGGGGUGGAGGCAUCUUGUGCUCUGCCUCACUCAGACAGUUGAGGCCAGUGCAAUAUUCAACAUAAAGUGCACUGGGGGUAAAGUCCUGUCCUGCUCACUGAAUCCACUCCAGUGCUUCAGGGCAGCCAUCAUAGUGUUCACUAUUGUGUGCGGCUGAGGGAAGAAGAAAAAAAAGAGGAGGGAGCAGAGGAGGGAAAGAAAACCUGUCUCUUUGUGUGGGAAGGACUCAGCAGGAAAGUGAUUUUGUGAUUAUUUGAGUUUGCCAGCAAAGUAAGGCUCUCCCCCCUCUGACCCACAGCAACAUCUCGUCUACUCUGCGCCUCUGCUGCCUUAAACGCCAGAGCCACAUAUGAGUGUGCUUCUCGGGCCGGCAAAACAGCGACACCCGGGCUCCUGAUGAUGAGAGCCGACGUCAGACUGGUUUCCAUGAAUAUUGAUGUGGAGGAUAGUCUGUUUCAUAGAAGAACAGAAGGAGGCAAGAUGGCUGCCCUUUAGGAUUUGUUAAAGAGGAGAUCCAGACGGUUUGUUGGAAUUUCUACAAAGUGGAGGGACGUAAAAAGGAGGACGGACAGAGGGCAGCCCUGUGGAUGGACUCUGAGCAGGCCAGAUGGAAACAGAACAGGCCAGACAUGAGACGGAAGAAAAUCUGAUAUUAGCGCAAUUUGGCACAUCUCGCAACAUCUCUCACAAACUCCAGAAUGGAGGCCAGUCUUCGGAGGGAGAUUCUCUGCAGAUCACUGGGGACACGAACUGGAACCAUUACAAGCCCGGCGCAGGUGCCAACUCCAUGAAGAGGCACAGGGAGAACUGCAGCAGUCCUGCUUCAGUGCAAGGGCUGUUCGAUCAAGGAUCCUACAUGAUGAAUGGAGAACUGAUGAAUGGAGAGUUGAAGCAUGCCCUCACUGAGCAGUCCUUACUGGCCCACCAGCCCAAGAAACUUAAAGUAGAUUCUGAGAUAAAAAGAAAUGACGACAUGAGCUCCAGUUUGGUGCAUAGCUUUCCUGAGCUGGCAAAGGCAGCAGAGUUUGGAUGCAAUAGCCCACAGACAGAGAUUAAGAUAGACAAGAGGAACUGUAAUUUUCCUAAUGGGGAUAUUUUCUGUCUCCCGAGGAAUAAACAAGUUUCUAUUCCAAACGGUGCUGUAUCGCCCCCCUCAACCAUAGAAAGCACUCCGGGCGAUCUUUUAGAGAAAACCUUGUCUCAGUAUUAUCCUGAGCAAGUGUCAAUCGCACCACAAACAUCUGGGCCACAGCUGGAUGCUGUCAAUGGUUCACUGGCAAAUAAGCUGCCCGGUGAUGGUGCUCAACCCCCCUCUUUAACCUCAGGAUUGCCCAAUUCAGCUCAAAUGCCGGACUCACAGCAACAGCAGCCUGGAGCGUCGGGCAGCGUCGAAGGAGGCAACAAUUAUAACAACUAUGUAGUGAAUGGAUACUCCAACAAUUUUGAAGCAGACCACCAGCAGCAGCAGCAGCAGCAGCAGCAGCAGCAGCAGCGGCCACCAUCAUACUCUGGUCAGGAGCUGUCUCUAGGUCAGCUGCCUGGCAUGAUCUCACCUACAAACACUGCCAAUAGCUCCCAACAACAUCAAAAUGGCCCACGGUGCUAUCCAGAUGAUGCAAAUCAUCAAGGAAUAUAUGCGAAGGCCAACCAGGAGUUUAACCAGAACUCUUUUCUGGAGCGCAGCGCUCCUCUACAGGCAGCCGAGACAGGCGGAUACGCAAAUUUUCCCAACGCUGGGAUACAGAAGAUGGGGCAAAGUGAAGAACCCAGGUCUGGUCAGCAUCAGCGCCUCGGCACUGACAGGGGCCACCAGUACGGGAUUCAACCCCAGACCUUUAAACAAAAUGCUGGGAGCUCACAUGGAGCUGACAGUACUGGACCCAUGGGGCCCGGCCUCCAGCAGCCACGUCAUGCUGGCUUAGAAAACGGGAUGGAGAGCGCACCUCAGCAGAGAGCCAACUUAUCAUGUUCCACUCCCCACCAGAAAGGCUGGGUAGAGCGGAACUCUUCCCAGCAGCAACCGGCGAGCGGCCCGUCGUCCCAGGCACAAGAGCAGGACAUGUGGAGGGGCUUCCCUGCUAAGCCUCAGUCGGAGCAGCAGACAGCUAACCCCCAGCUUCACUGCCAGAUGUUGGAGCCAAAUGCAGCGCAAAGGUUCCAGCCACAGGCAGGUUUCACAGAUAGCAGCCAGGGGUCUAACAGCUUCCAGCAGCAACAGCAGGACCGUCUCCUGGCCCAAACACACUGUGCUCCAGCCCAGCACAACACUGCCCCUGAGUGGCAGCAAUCGAAUUCAAAAGCACCUCAAAUGCAGCAGCCUCUGCCCCAGAAGAUGCCCGAGCAGCGUAAUUUCCACCAAGAUCAGCAAGCAGAAGGCCGCUACCACACUCAGAUGCAGUCGGAGCACUUAUGUGAAGACCCUGACCUGCAGGAUAUACUGUCACCGGGGUUUUUACCAACACAGCAACAGCAGCAGCAACAACAACAGCACUGUCACCUUCAGCGCCCGCUGUCCCACCCGCCGCAGUUUGAGGGGCAGCAGCUCAAGUCUCCCGAUUACAGACCUCGCAGUCAGCCUCAGCCCGGCCAGCAGCAGCUUCAAACCAACCAGCCUCCUAGAAACAACUCUGCUCAACCCAACAACCAACACAUCCAGCACAGCGACCAUGCAACAUUCAGUUACAAUAACACAGCAGAAAUGCUUCAACAACAUCAAAGGCCGUUUCCACCCAACUCAGGCAGCAGUAACCUCAAGCAAUUUCAACCACAGCGGCCUAUCAACCACUGCCACCAGCCCAACCAUGCAGACUUCACCUCGACGCAGUCACAACCUCACUUACCGCAAGGCGCGUUAAACCAACAGGUAUCAACACAGAUGUAUCCUAAAGCUGAGCAGCAGCUGAAGAUAUCGUGCGCUCAGUUCCAAAGGGGACCUCGACUACCUCUGGCACCUGUGGGUCCCCAUGGAGACACUCAGAGGCACGCGGCACUGCGUAUGCACCUGCUACAAAGGCAGGAGCGCCAGGGCCCUCCUCAUCUCCUUCAGAGCACUAGUGACCCCCAACUUGGCCUGAGACCUGUGAAAAUGGAAAACGAACCCAGAUUUGAGAUGCCUUGUUCACAUCAGGAGCAUCAGUUACAGAUGCGAGAGGCGGGCAUGGGCGGAGUGCAAGUCAAGCAGGAGAAUCAACCAUCCAUGUGCAGCGAGCAAAGCAAGAGACAGGGAAGCAUCUUGGCCUCCAUGGAACAAAGCCUGAGGCAGUACCAGCUUUCACCUGUGUUUGAGAAGAAAUCCCUCGUCGUCAAUUCGUUAAAUAAAGUCAAGGUGGAAUCUUCUGGGCCCGUCACGAUCCUGUCAACCAACGCCGACCUGUGUGGAAUGGAAUCAGCAUCAGCUGCUCCCCCCGCCGUAACGCUAAAAAGACCACCUGAUUUGACCCCGAAGAAGGAGCACCUCCUACAGAGCUUCAUGGAGUCUCCUAUGAAGCUAUUGGAUACCCCUAUAAAGAACCUCCUGGACACCCCCAUGAAAACACAGUAUGAUAUCGCAUCCUGCCACUGUGUUGAACAAAUCAGUGAGAAGGACGAAGGCCCGUACUACACUCACUUGGGGUCAGCGCCGAGUGUUGCCGGUAUUCGGGAGGGGAUCGAGAAAAGGUCUGGUCUAACUGGUAGCGCCAUCAGGAUUGAGAAAGUAAUAUACACCGGCAAGGAAGGAAAAAGUACACAAGGGUGUCCCAUAGCCAAAUGGGUGAUUCGUCGAUCCAGUGUAGACGAAAAGUUGCUGGUGCUGGUGCGGGAACGCACUGGUCACAAAUGUGAAUCAGCCUGCAUCAUUGUUGUCAUCCUGGUCUGGGAGGGCAUCCUGCCCAGCCUGGCUGACCGCCUCUACCUCGAGCUAAGUGAAACUCUAACAAAGCAUGGAGCCCUCACCCAGAGACGAUGCGCUAUCAAUGAAGAGAGGACCUGUGCGUGCCAGGGAUUAAAUCCUGACGCCUGUGGAGCGUCUUUCUCUUUCGGCUGCUCCUGGAGCAUGUACUACAACGGCUGCAAAUUCGCCCGGAGCAAAAUCCCAAGAAAAUUCAAGCUACUAGGAGAUGAUAUGAGAGAGGAAGAGAAACUGGAGCACAACCUUCAAAAUCUAGCAACCUUAUUGGGUCCCUUGUAUAAAACUUUGGCACCUGAAGCGUAUGCAAACCAGACGGAACAUGAACACAGGGCACCAGAUUGUCGUCUGGGGGUCAAGGAGGGCCGUCCCUUCUCCGGGGUCACCGCUUGUCUGGACUUCUGCGCCCACGCUCACAGAGACCUCCACAACAUGCAGGGUGGAAGCACUGUGGUGUGCACAUUAACAAGCGAGGAUAACCGAGAAAUUGGAAAAAUACCCGAGGAUGAGCAGCUCCAUGUACUGCCUCUUUAUAAGGCUUCCAACACUGAUGAAUUUGGCAGCGAGGAGGGUCAGCAGGAGAAAAUCAAGUCAGGAGCCAUCCAAGUCCUCAGUGCCUUCCGCCGCCAGGUGCGCAUGCUUUCAGAGCCCGCCAAGUCUUGCCGGCAAAAGAAGCUGGAUGCUAAGAAGGCAGCUGCCAACAGGAAUGCCAUGCUGGACAGUGAAAAGGCAGAGAAGGCCGCCCUCCUGGCCAAGGCAAAAGCUGGCGCUUACGAGAACAUCGCUCAGAGCACUCCUAUGGCAGGACCUAUUCCAGGUGCUGUGGGAGCAAUCCUACAGUCAGGUCAGCCAACACACCCCCUAGGGGCCCAUCAUCAGCAACUACAGCAACUACAGCAACUACAGCAACUACAGCAACUACAGCAACAACAGCAACAACAGCACCAGAGCAUCCUUCCCCCUUAUCCUGGCUCACCCAAUGUAGCCAGCUACCCCAGGUUCCCCAACCACCCUGGGUCUUUUCCAAGCACUUCCAAGCCAGGCGCCAUGUAUCCCCCUCAGCCGCCAACACCAGCCAGCCCUUACCCCUCCCCGCUCCACGUAACCAACUCCUACAUGAACGGAUCAAGUCGCCCAUACCCAGGUUAUCAAUGUAACGGAGGAAUGCCCCUUGACAAUUACCAUCCGUACUAUGCUUCGAACCCAAAGCAUCUGGAUAUGUAUCGACAGCAGCGGCCAGCACUUUACUCAGAGCAGCCGUACGGUGUUCAUCAACGUUAUGAGGUCAAUUACCCGCCAAGGUACGGCGAGCAAGGUUUACAGGUGAAUGGUUACAAUGCCUGCAGCAUGAGGCCAGUCCAUCCCAUGAGACCGUACUCUCCUUACGGUCCUAAUGGAGCCUCAGACCCCCAGUUCAUGGACCCCCUCUCAAGAGCACCCUCAGCUCACGGAGGUCUGGACUAUACAGCUGCUGUGAGCAAAGGCAAUCAGUUUGGAGGAUACGCAAAUCCAUACCUGUCUCGGAGCCCUCAGAUCUUAGCCACAGGCCAAGAUCCUUUCCAUAUGCAAAUCAAGACAGAGAUGGGCAUGCCUCGCCCACAGAUGCUUUCUUCUCAGCUAAGUGGCGGGUGUUUAAACCCUGAAACUCAGUCAGGGUUAGGUCUGCCUAACGGGAGCCUCAUGGGCUCUGGUAUUAAGCAGGAGCCCGGAACGCCGCAGACACCCACAACACCACAAAAGCCCGAGGUGUGGUCAGACAACGAGCACAACUUCUUGGAUCCCGACAUCGGUGGCGUGGCAGUGGCGCCGAGCCACGGCUCAGUCCUCAUUGAGUGUGCGAAACGGGAGCUCCACGCCACAACGCCCGUCAAAAACCCCGACCGCACGCACCCAACGCGCAUCUCCUUGGUCUUCUACCAGCACAAAAACAUGAACGAGGCCAAGCACGGUUUGGCACUGUGGGAAGCCAAGAUGGCAGAGAAGGCUCGAGAGAAGGAGGAAGACGCGGAGAGGAAUGGCGGCGAGGGGACGCCCAGCAAGGGCAAGAAGGGGGCGAAGCGCGAGCAUCCGGAGUCAGAAACCACCGGGGAGCCUCCUUACAAGCGUUUCAUCCAGGCACUAAUGCAGGGGUCCUUGUCGUGCACAACAAACACCUGUGUCAAUACAGCUCCGUACGCCUUCACCAAGGUCACAGGGCCUUACAGUCAGUUUGUGUAAGAAACACUCAUGAAGAAGAAAAUCUAAGGUGCUUUAUUUAUGACAAAGACCACAAGCACCGCCGGCCUCGUCUAAACACUCCUUCCUGUCCGUGAGGUUACGUAGAAAACUGAACCUGUGAUCAGAUGAGACUUAAAUCACCUCUCACAUCAGGUCUUUCACCUCUUUAACAAUCAAGCUUUACUCGUUGACCCUACUACGGAUGUAUUUAUUUUUGUUUGGCAACUUUUGCAAGAAACACACUGUCAACAUCUCUGGUGCUUUCCGUCUGAUACAUAAGGACCUAUUUUUAAUGGAAACAAAGUUUCAUUUUUGGUGGCUUUAUUUUUCUUACAAAAUUGUACUCUUGGCAUAAAACACUGACUUUGUAAAUGACAACAUUCACGGUGCUAAAGUGUGUGCUUAUUACCAUUUAUUUAAAGUCAAAUGCCUUCACACUAUGACCAUAACUCACUCUACGAGUGACACAACAGGACACUGAAAAUAUAUCAUCCCUCGGGUCAAAUGAUCAGCAUCAUUAUGGUUUUUGGUUAGUCAGUGUUUCUGAGAGCACUUUUUGAUAAUGAGAGUUAAAUGUUUUGGUAAUACCUUUAAAUCAUACAAUCUGGUUAUCGCUACAUUGAGAGUAAUUUCACUUCUAAGCAUCACUAAAAUUAAAUUGAUGAAUUUAUAACAGAGGAUUGUAUGAGCGAUCCACGAAACUGUUUCAAUUUCAUGCAAAAACAUUUUUUAAACUAUCAUUGUGUCGGUGCUUCUCUCACUUUCCUAUGUCAUUUAUACUGUAAAUCGAGCCAUCCUUAUGGUGCAUUUUUAACAUUUUGAGGAAAAAAAAAAGUCUACCUUUGUGUUAUUUCAGUUUUUAUUCCAGGUUUUUGUGUUGUCAGCGACUGUUUUUAAUGUUCCUUACCUUAGGAUCAUUGAACAAACCUGGACUGUGAAUAUUACAUGUAGUUGUGUGUCUGUGGUGCUUAGGAAAUGUGCUUUUUAUACACUGAGGAACAUGAAACAGGGUAAGCUCAGUGUCAGUUUCAGAGGGCAGCUGGCUUGCUGUGGGGUCUUUAAUUAUUGUAAUCUAACUGUAAGAUAAACAGGUGAGAUUUGUACAGUAAAUUAAUUUCCCUCUUUUGGAAUUACUGUUAGAGAUUUAGUGUUGUAAAGAAUGCUAACAGCCUAUUUCAUUGUAUUUCUUUGGGUUUUAACUGAUUUUAUAUCAUAAGGUGCUAUCCAACCUACUAGAAACGUACAAUGUGAGACUCUUUGAGCGAGCGAGAAGGCUUUUAAAUAAUGUACAGUACAAACCUGUCAUAUACCUCAAAACUAGUUUGGCAAUAGGAUUAUAACAUAUUUUUCUUCCUUCCUUUGUAUAUUAAUUUCAAAAAAAUGUUAAUAACAGUUCAACUUCAGGCCACCAAAAGGCAGUUCAUUUCUUACUUUCUUAUCAAUCUGUUAGAAAGUAUUACUUGAACUUGAACCUUUGAUGUUACUGUAAAAUCAGGGACAUUUUCAACUAAUUCUGUGUUCAUCGCCUGUAUCCAUCUGGUCUUUUUCUCAUUCAGGUACUUGCCAUUGCAUCCUGAAUCCGAUUUUCAUCUACUUCACAUAGAGAAAAAUUAUUUUGUGAGAAGAAAAGAUACUUUCCUGCAGUUUUUUUUACUUAUAUUUUAGCUAGUGGGAUGGUGGUAAUCUUUUAAAAGUCAUUUGAACAUAUAUGCACUGAGUUGACUAAAGGGAAAGUAUGCUAUUGACUAAGCAAAAAGCAAUGUGUUUGCUUUUGCUACGAGGCAAGACCAGGGCAGUGAUUAACGUAGUUGCACAUCUUUGUGCCUGUGUAUAGUUAAAUUUAUUUAUAACCACUAAGCAAUUGUAUAAUGAUUUUUCUUCCCUGUCUAUUUGAUUUAAUUAAUGCGCUAUAUAGUGGAAUGACUGUCAUGUUAUAGUAACACCUUACCCCACUCUUCAACAUAUUCAUUUUCUGAAAGCACUUCAUAUUUCUUUUUCAGGAAAAAAAAAUAUGUAAUUACAUUUUAUUUAAAUAGAUUGUAAAUGUGUUAAAAAAAAAUAAAUAAAUUAUGUCACAUUGUACAUACCAAGAACCUGUAUUGCAGGAAAACAACUCAUUCUUUGACGUUGACGUAGGUUCUUCUUGUUCUGUCAGAUCGACCCACAGCUCCUCUAUCAGCGAUCCUCAUCAUUAUCGUUUAAUAUUCUUUCGGCUCCUUCAGGUUAACAGAACGAUCACGGUUAGAUUAUCCAGGAAGUCUGUAAAUGUGUGCUCACUGUCACAGCAAUGUUUACAGUUAUAGUAUCCUGUUUCGCUCAGACAUUAGAAGUUCUAGUUUUUUUUAACUGUUCCAAUUUUGUAAAAUAAAUCUACAUAAACAAAAAUGUUGAAUUUCGUUGUACAGGACCCAGCUACAGUAGCAGGUUGUGGUUGAGAAAGCCAAGGUGUCUCAGAUAUAGCGGGUUAAAAGCAUAGCCAUACUUGAAGAUGCUUCAGAGUGUUUCUGAGUGAGUCAACAUUACUUGAAUGACUUUCUGGGCUUAACUAGUGCGCUAUACGUGCUCAGCUCAAAGGUUAAGCUAGCAGUUGAUGCACACUUGGUCUUUUUGCAGUUAGACACUAAGGGUAUAUAAAAAAAAAAAAAAGUGCAACUUUUUGCCUGUCAUUUUAUUUUUUAAGGCUUCCCUUGUUCUCCUGAAGUUUGGUAUGCUACAAAAAAAUGGAAUUAAGGAUGGGUAUUAAUACUGUAAGUAUUGUAAUGUAAUGAAUGCAGUUUAUUUGAAAGCUGUUUAUUAUAUCAUUCCUGAUAUUGCUGAGAUGUGGGUGUUUUUUUAAUAAAAUUUAUAUUUAUUUAAAGCAAA